UUGGCGGUGACGGCGUUUUGUUCGAUCGCGCUGUACAACUUCGUCGAGCUCAACGUCAUGAUCUUCACCACCUUCAAACGGCGCUCGGGGCUAUACUUCUGGAGUUUCCUGGUCUCCACCAGUGGCAUAGCACCCUAUGCGAUCGGAUUCCUGCUCAAGGACCUAGUCUUGUCGCCCAGCAAAUACAUCGACUUGACACUUAUUGUUGUCGGCUGGACAUGUCUCGUGACGGGGCAGUCGUUCGUGCUCUACUCGCGCCUGCACCUCGUGAUGCGGGACCGGGAUAAGCUACGGCUUGUCCUGGCCAUGAUCAUUACCAAUGCCGUCAUCUGCCAUGUGCCGACCACGAUUCUGGUGUUCGGGGCGAAUUCGCCAAAUCUCGAUAGUUGGAUCGUGCCGUACAGCAUCUACGAGAAGGUCGAGGUGACGCUCUUCUUCGUACAAGAGAUGAUCCUCUCUGGAAUUUACUUAUACCAGACCUUCUCAUUCUUCCGUUUCGAGUCGGCAUUGCACGGGAAAACGGUCAACAAAGUCAUGGUGCAUUUGGUUUGGAUCAACAUCUUGAUCAUAGUGCUAGAUAUCACUAUAUUGGUGCUAGAAUACGCGAACUUCUACAACAUCCAGACUGCCGUCAAGGGAAUGAUAUAUAGCAUCAAGCUCAAGCUUGAGUUCAGGGUCUUGAAUGGUCUGAUCGAACUAACAAAA